AUCCAAUUCCAAAUGCUGCAAAAAAUAGUUGGAAUCCUUGUAGUCCUAAUCAGUAUUAGGCUGUGCUGGACCUAUGAUAAAUUUGCAACAGAAUUCAAGGAUGGAAAUACAAACGAUGUGUCCAUCAACACAAGCCCCUUUGUCAAGAUCGGUAAUGGAUACUAUUACAUUAGCCUUCAGGCAGCCAAUUGGUUCAUGGCCUAUGAAAGCUGCCGGAAACUGCGAUCAGAACUGGUGACAUUUGAGAACUCAGAGGAACAUGAUGCCAUUCAGACCUAUUUGCAAAAAAAAGGGUCGGAAGGGCACACUGUUAUGUACUGGACCUCGGGCAACGAUUUGGGUAAGAACGGAGUGCACAAUUGGUUCUCAAGUGCCCAGCCGAUAAAAAUUAAUAGAUGGGCUCCCGGACAACCCGACAAUUAUCAAAACAAAGAGCACUGCGAUUAUUUGUCAUCAGAAUAUCAAUAUUUAUUGAGCGAUGGUCGAUGUGAAUGCUACAAGAGAUAUAUCUGUGAAGCUCCCAAGCAGGAAACAAUAUCAAUAGUUGUGUGGAAAUAAGAAAUCAUUUUAUAAUUAAUUAAAGUACAUAUUAUUUAAAAUCAAAAUAAAAAAAUCGCUGCA